AUGGCGGCCACAGCGCUCUUCACUGCGGCCGCGCCGUCUAAGGUAAGCAAGCUUCUAGGUUUCCUCUGGUUCUCUUUCUGCUCUGCGGCUUCUGACUGUUUUGUCGCCGGCCGGUGGGGUGUUCUUCCUCCGGCAGCACUUGUCGUCGGCGAGGAAUGGGGGCUUCUCUACGGCGAGGGGGUUGCUCUGCAGGGCGCCCAAGGGGCUCGGCCUGGGCCGGGAGAGGAGGGGGAAGGUGGUGGCCAUGGCCACCAGCAUCCCGGCCGACAGGGUCCCCGAUAUGGGGAAGAGGCAGCUGAUGAACCUCCUGCUGCUCGGCGCCAUUUCGCUACCCGCCACGGGGAUGCUCGUUCCCUACGCCGCCUUCUUCGCCCCUCCCGGGUGAGCUAGCUUCUCCCUUCUCGUCUCCUCCUCCUCUCUCUCUCUUUCUCUCGGUUUCUACUCGGAUCCGGAUGAAGGGACGAGUUGAUUGGAUUAAUUUGUGGAGGAACACAGAAAUUCUUCUGGUCUCUCUCUCUCUCUCUCUCGCAUUUGAUUGCAGAAUAAUUACGCAGUGACUCGCCUAGAAUCUCCAAUUCCAUUCUUCACCCAAAUCGAUCGUCCUCUUCACUGGGUCUCCUUCCUUCUGCGCCUAUUCUGCAUCCGUGCGGCAUAAUCCCUUGGUGCCACAGAUAUAUAUAUAUAUAUAUAUCUCAUCUCUGAUUGAAGACCAAAUGCCCACUUGUUUGGGUUUGAUCUCUGGUCAAAUUUCGACCUCAUUUCUUCGUCACAUCUCAGAUACUGCUCCAUCUUCAGUUCCUCUUUCUCUCUCUCUUCUCACUCAUCAAGGAUGAUGAUUGUUUCUGUGUGGUUGGAAUGUAACCAGCUCUGGCGGCGGCGGUGGCGGCACCGUGGCGAAGGACGCCCUGGGUAACGAUGUCCUCGCCUCCGAGUGGCUGAAGACCCACGGCCCCAACGACAGAACCCUCACUCAGGGCUUGAAGGUGGGCACCCAAACGUCCUAAUUUCUCCUCCGCCUCCUCCUUCUCAGUUCUAAAUUUGUUGACAAAUUUAUCAGACAACUCCGAUUUCUUCGGAGAUACAAAUUCAACCCAGUUUUACGGCUGACUAACCCAAAAGUAAGCUAGAUUGGGGAAGUCAGCAGCACUUUGUCAGAAAGGUCCAAGUUUUCGUGCUGGAAUUUGAUGGAAGGCCCAGAGCAGCAUCCCAUCAGAAUUCUAAUCCCUGCCCCGGAUCGGGUGUUGGGGUGCCACAGUUUUUUCUUAUUUUUGGUGGGGAGGGGGGGAAUUUUCUGUCAACAAAACCCUUAUUAUUAUUAUUAUUAUUAUUAUUAUUAUUAUUAUUAUUCAUCUGCAUCAUAUCGCCUCUCUGCUCAUAGAAUCCUCUCAUGAAUCACCAUCAUCAUCAUCAUCAUAUUAUUAUUGUUAUUAAUAAUUUUUUCUUUUUGAAUGAAAAAUUAACUGUAGAUGGGGUUUUCCAGGGUGAUCCGACCUACCUGGUGGUGGAGAACGACAAGACGCUUGCCACUUAUGGAAUAAAUGCGGUGUGCACUCACCUAGGGUGUGUGGUGCCGUGGAACAAAGCGGAGAACAAGUUCAUCUGCCCUUGCCACGGUUCCCAGUACAACAACCAGGGCCGCGUCGUCAGGGGUCCCGCCCCUCUGGUCAGCUCCAUCCUCUCCAUCCCCUUGACUUUCAAUCGUUUCCGGCCGUUUCUCUCUCUAGAUUCCUGUUUUGUUUCCGUCUUUCUUCCGCCCAGGACUGGCCGGCCAACGGUGCUGUGCGCCGUUUCUUGCUCUAAGUUCUUGUUCUUGUUCUCGCCCUGGGAUUCUUCGAUCUGAUGCGCUGUUUCUCGCCAAGUUCCUGCUCCAUUUAGCCUCUCUGUUUCUCUUCGUUAUUUUGGCUCCGACCCAGAGCGGCCGGUCCCGUGCGCCAUUUCCCUCUCUAAGUUCCCUGCUUUAUCUCUCUUUCCGCUCCUCGUUUUCCGUCGCUUCUAUGCCUUGAUGCGAGCAUUCCACCCUCUCUCUCUCCGUCUCACUCUCUCUCUCUCUCUCUAUCUCUGUGACGAUUCGCAGUCGCUGGCUCUGGCUCACGCAGACGUGGACGACGACAAGGUUAUCUUCGUGCCGUGGGUGGAGACGGAUUUCAGAACCGGUGAGGCUCCCUGGUGGGCUUAG